AUGGAUCUCAACGACCCAACAACGCAAUUAGAGGAGGAGCUUGACUCCGAAAUAUCUUCAAUUCGCCGCGAAAUCCGCAAGCUCCAGAGACGCCGCCGAUUCCUUGCCUCGAGUAUCCUCUCCUCGGAACCACUCCAGAAAUACAUAAAGACCAGAAAUACCCCUGCACCUGCCAUAUCCAGCUUGAACGAAGACAUAUCCCCGCUUGUCCGCGCAGCAGGCUCACACACCCAAUUGAACCACCACCGCAUCGCUUUCUCAACAACCACCUUCCCAUUUAAAGAUCCAUCGCCGACAACCGACGCCGAUGGUGAGGAUUCAAAGAAUCUACUCGGUGUGCGAAUUGACGUCUGCGUCCGGAACGGCCGCUUCACGAAACCAUACUAUAUCCUUCUGCGCAAGACGCGCGCAGAGCCAGAGAAGGAGGGCCAGAGUACAAUAAGGCUUAGAAUCCACCGGCAUACAAUACCCGCAUUUAUACCAGUCGAACGGUUAGAACGUAUAUUUCUACCUAAUCCGCCCCGAGUGCUUGGUGAUGCCGACGGCAACGGUAGCAGUGAGAACGGUGGCGUCGAGCCGCAGCUGAAGAAAAAGCCGAACACCCCCGUGCCGAAACAGAAUCUGCCGGGACUUACCCGCGAAAUCAGGCGCCAGCUUGUCUCUUGGCAUACCCGGUUGGAUGCGGUUCAUUACCUUCGUGAGCAGAUAGGCAUUGUACGGCGAGAUGCGGACGCCUAUACGGAUGACGGGGAUGACGGACCGUGGGAUCGGGACUUGCUCAAUGAUGUUGGUUUUGAUUCCGGUGACGGAGAUACGCGACUAAGGAAGAACGAGUUUGGAAUUGCGUCGUUCUCGCCGACGGCACUGGAAGCGGCGUAUAUUCGGAUAGAGUGGGAGGAUGGCCGGGUUGGGAGAUUCAAGAUCUCAAAUUCGGGACUCGUUGAGCGAGCAGUAGUUAUCGGCGAUGGCGGAAGAGACAAGGCGCUGGAGGCUACGCUUACUAGGGGAGAUAGGAAGGUGCUCACAGUCCUAGACCGGCUGAGGAAGCACACGCCGCUUAGAAGAGGUAGUGAUACGGCGUCGAUUUCGGAGUAG